AUGAGAUAUGGACUAGAUAUGGGCCAAGAUGGCCGACACUUCAGCGAAGUGGAUACAACUUCAAGGAUUCCUCUGCUUCCAGUUGCUACUCCAACCUCUUUGCUAUCUGAGAGCGAUCUUAUUUUGAAACAAGCCUCCCAUCCUCCAAUCAAAAGGAGAAGAGUCGACCCAAGGCCGGGAGUGAUGAUCAGAGAACAAGCAUCGCUAAUCCAACAAGCGACCUUGGAAGAAAGUCAAGUUUUAAAAGAAGGACCAAGUGUUGCUCGAUCUUCUCAUGAAGCCGGGAGUUAUUCAGCUCCCGGGGGUCGCUCUCCACCACAACCUAUGCAUGAUGCUGCCUCUGAGAGGAUUUCCAGGUUGUUGGUGCAACAAGAUUUUGACUAUUCAACCCGAGCCAAAGGUAUAUCUAUAGGUGAAGGAAGCUCAAGGGGAGCGGACCCAUCGAUUUCAGAACUUAAAAUCAACCUUGGAGGCCUGACUGCUGGAUACUACGACUUGAAGAACAAGCUUAUUGUAGAAUUUGGCGACAAAUUCAAAACUACCGUCGAAGAUCCAAAAGAAGCUGAGACUUAUCCAUCUGCCCCUACCAAUACAUCUGAACAAGAUCCUUUCGUUAAUCCUCCACCAGUCAACACCACAACAGUUGUUGACCAAUUUGAGACAUAA